AUGCUGGCUAAUCUAACAAUGCACGGGCUAGAUCCAAAAAAACUAGAGUUAGUCAGCUUCAGUCUCGGCGGCCACACCGCAAGCUUCGUAGCCAAAAACUACCGUCAAAUGACCGGCAAAAACAUCUCUGCUAUCACAGCUUUAGAGCCAUCUGGGCCUUGCUUCAGACACCUCGGACCUGACCAAAGACUAGACCCAUCUGACGCCGAUUUCGUCUUUACUGUACAUUCAAAUAUAGACGCUUACGGCAUAGCAACACCUCUUGGACACGUGUCAAUCUAUGUCAACGGGGGUGAAUACCAGUAUAAUGAUGUUUGGAGUGUACCUUGUCUUAUAUUUUGUAGUCAUUCUAAAACAUACUUCUUAUGGAUGUCAGCACUUAUAAAUCCUGGUAUUUUCGUGGCGAUGCAAUGUGAUUCUGUACAGCAGGCGAGGGAUGGAGAUUGCUACGAGAGGGAACCUAAAAUAUCGAACACUAUGGAUAUAUUUGUCGAUAAAAGUAAGCCGGGUAUAUAUUAUCUUCCUACAUUUAACCGGUACCCGUAUGGGCUGGGAACGAAAGGAUUGAAGAGGGAAGAAAACCAGAUAGUGAAGCAUUUGAAUUGGCUCAAUGCUAAAGAAGUGCUGACAAUGUAG